AUGACCAAACGCAGAGACCUAGAGGAGAAGCUUGCAGAAGUGGCCGAUACAAAGGAGGAGAGCUCAGAGAAACCAAAGUCUGCUCCGACUGCAGAGAAGUAUGGCUGGAUUAAGAAAAGCAGUGGGGGACUCCUGGGAUUGUGGAAGGAUCGUUACAUCCAGCUACGGAAAACACAGCUCGUGGUCUAUGAGGAUGAGGAUGAACAGAAGUGCAUAGAAACAGUGGAACUGGAGAGUUAUGACAAGUGCCAGGAACUGCGUGCACUACUAAAAAAGAAAAACCGUUUCAUUUUAAUCCGCUCCCCUGGUAAGAAGGUUCAUGAUAUCAAAUUUCAAGCUCCAACUUCGGAAGAAAAAGAAUCGUGGAUAAAAGCUCUUAAUGAAGGGAUCAAUAGAGGCAAAAACAAAGUAUUUGAUGAGGUGAAAGUAGAUGAGAGCCUUUCCUUGGACCAUGUAACUCGGGACAGGGUGAAAAUGGCCCAUGGUCGCCGGCCACCCACGAGAAGUCACCUAAAGGAGGCUGCCAAGUCUACGUCAGAUGGUAUCCUGCGACUAGAUCUGGACAUAGUAGACAAUGGACCACCCAACUUUGAUUCCACUAUCAGCGAAAGUGACAAUGCACCACCUCAGAAAGAAACUCCAAAGCCACCCAUGCCACCUACAAAACCCACUGGUACAAAAGAAAACCAAGAUGCAGAGAACAAUGUUCCUGACCAGGAACAUAAAAAACCUCUGUCUCCUCCAUUGCCUCCAGAUAAGAAGCUUAAGGAAGGCGUAGCGUCAAAGGACAAUGUAAAUGCUAAGAAAGAGGACUCUGUAAGCCCAGAGGAGAAUGUGGAAGGAUCCCAAGCACCAAGCGAGGAGAACAGAGAGAACCACAUUGAGGUCAGCAACAGGGGCACAGCAAAAGCUCCAGUUCCUCUUCCUAAGAGCGUGUCAGAUAAGCUAAAAGUUGCUUGGGACCAACCAGUCACUGAGCCUAAAACCACAGAAGACUUGAAAUCAUCGAGAGAUAGUGGCAAAGACAACCUUGUUGAGAUUGCUGCUGCAGAUGUUACAAAGCCUCCUGUUCCUCCUAAGGUUCUGUCAGAAAAAAUGCUAGCCACAAUGAACUGCAGCGAUGGUGACCUGGAAGCCGGGGUUUUGGAAGACGUGGAGUCUGGCAGCUCCAAGCCCCCGGUGAAUGGGAUCUCAGCCGUCGAGGUACCAGAGUCCACAUCCCCAACAGCUGAAACUGAAGAAGGAAAUGGGAGAGCCUCUGGUGAGAAGGAACAGCAAACUUCAGCAGAAGAGACAGAGACAGAGACUUCCUUAGCUACAGAAACAGGCCAUGAGAGUGUAAGAGCAACUAUUGAGAAGAAAACAUCUGUAGAAAGCACUUCAGGUCUCAAACUUCGCAGUUCUUCUCUGGGAGACUUGCUGUCUGAUUCCAAAACUACACAGAGAGCACUUCCAAGGCAAGGUUUCCCCAAGGAUUCCCAUCACUGCUUAGCUAAAAUGGAGGAGAAAGUUGCUAAUGAAAGGGAAAAGGCAGAAAAACUUCUGCAGAAGGUUUUACGUGAAGGGUUGGAACAGACCCAGGAGGGGAAUGGACCCCCAGUGAUGGCAGAGACAUUGCUCAAUGAGGCAGUAGAACAACUUCGGCAAGCUACGCAAGUUUUGCAAGAAAUUAAAGGUCUUGGAGAACUGAAAAGAGAAGCAACACAGAAACAGAAAGAAAAGCAAAAGGAUCUAGUGACUCUUUAUAGGAGAAGUGCUCCCUGA